CAGUUGGAGCCCUCUGAUGAAGAUGGGAUGUUGGUGCGUUUUGGAUGGGAUGCCGGAGAUAGGUAUGAAUUCGGAUGCUUUGGAUCGAUCAUAACUGCUCGCGUGGUAGUUACUACUGUGAGUUGUUUGGGAUCAAAUAAGCCGGACGUUGUUCAACUGCUGGCAGAUAUUGAAGAUGAUUUGUUUUUGAUAGACGAUGUGCUCUUCCACGAAUCGUAUAAUAAAACUGAUGGCAGCAACGACAUUGCGCUGGCCAAGAUUAAAGAAUCGCUCACGUGGAGUUCGUCCAUAUAUCCAGCGUGUCUCUGGAUGAACAAAACGCAUACUCCACUUGUUAUGAGAAUGAUCUUUGAAGACGAUGACCACCUGGACCAUGCCAAGAUCAUAGCCAGGUACAACUCGGACUGCCAAAGAACUCACCCAAGCCCGCUGCACUUAUCUCAGCUGUGUGGUCGAACGCCGAGGCGCGAUUCCGUGUGUCGCAAUGCAAGUGAUGUGCUGAUAUCGCAGACCACCGAAGGUGGAGUUACUUAUCUGGUUGGGAUGGCCCAGCAUGAGGACCAGUGCAGCUCAUGGCGGCACGGGACGUUUACCCGGAUUUCGGCGUUCGUUGGGUGGAUCAAACGAAACGUUUUGAAUCUGGACAGGUGGAAUACUUGAGAAGUCCAACUACCAUGCGUCUCCACGUUAUCAGUCUAAUAAAAUUUAAAUUGGAUAAUUUAAA